AUGCCUCGGAUACGAUCUGAACAUUUAUUUAUAAUUCUUACUCUUUUCUAUAUUGCAACACUUAUUCGACUCUUAUUUUAUCCACUUAAUUCAACGGCAUCGCAUUCAAAUUUGCGCCAAUUUAAUUAUAAAAUAAAAGAUUUGGAAAGGCUUUUGCAAGAAGGUAAAAAUGAAAUUGCAUUACUUCAGAAGAAACUUGAUGAAAUUGAAGAGAAGAACGCUAGUAUGAUGAAAACAAUGCAGCCUUACCAUCCUUAUCAUAUACUACAAUUGCAGAAGUUUAAGCAGUCUUUUAAACAUCAUUCAAAUAAUCAAUGGCCUGGUCAAAUUCCUGUCCUAGUAUUUGUAUGUAAUCGUCCUGAAGCAAUUUACAAUCAUUUGAAGAAAUUACUCAGGUAUCGACCAUCAACUGAAAAAUUUCCAAUAAUAGUAAGUCAAGAUUGUGACGAUUCAAGUGUCAAAGAAGUCAUUGAUAAAUUUGGUGCUGAAAUAAUUUAUGUUAGACAUUUGAACAGUUGGAGUGCUCAUUUUACAGUAAUUCCGGAACAUAAACGUUACAUUACGUAUUAUCGAAUAGCACGGCAUUAUAAACUUGGUUUAUCAUAUGUAUUUGAUAAGCUUAAUUAUUCCAGUGUUAUUAUUACAGAAGAUGAUUUGGAUAUAGCACCUGAUUUUUUCGAAUACUUCAGUGCGACGCGUUCACUUUUGGAUGCUGAUAAAACAUUGUAUUGUAUAUCAGCAUGGAAUGAUAAUGGCAAAGAUUAUUUAAUUGAUAAGAAACAACCUGAAUUAUUAUAUCGUAGUGAUUUUUUUUCUGGUCUUGGAUGGAUGAUGACAAGAGAAUUAUGGAAUGAAUUAGGUCCUAUUUGGCCAAAUGGGUUUUGGGAUGAUUGGAUACGUAAUAAUACGAUACGUAAAAAUCGAGCUUGUAUUAGACCUGAAAUAUCACGUACUGGUAUGACUAUUGAGGGAAAAAAAGGUGCAAGCAGGGGAUUAUUUUUUACGCAGCAUCUUGCCAAAAUACUUCUCAAUGAAAUUUUUGUAAAUUUUACAAAAUUAAAUUUACGCUAUUUACUUAAAGAAAAUUAUGAUCAUACUUUUUUACAACGUGUCUAUUCAGCACCACUUAUCUCAUCGGUAGAAAUGUUAACAAAAGAAGUUAUCACACCAGCAAGUAGUGUUGUACGUGUUCAGUACACAACAUUAGAGAAUUAUCUUCAAAUUGCUGAUCAAUUGAAAAUAAUGCGAGAUUUUAAAGAUGGUGUGCCACGAACAGCUUAUUUGGGUGUGAUAACAUGUUUUAUCAAUGGAGUACGAAUAUAUAUAGCACCUGAUUGGAAUAUUUGGUCAGGUUACAAUUCAAAUUGGGAAGCACCAUCAGAAUAA